GCGGCCGUAAUGUAGCCGGCUAGCUGCGCCUACCGUAUAUAAAGGACUCGCAUAAAGGGGGUGGAGUGCGGUCUUCAGAAAAUUGGAGGGCGCUGGAAGUGAACUUAGACAACUCAUUUUGGGAAAGGACGAGAGGAAGACAGACAAGGAGUGCGAACUGCAGGAUCUACAAGACUGCGGAUUAGUGCAAAAACAAAUAGCAGUCAGAACUCGGGACAGGUGGAACCGUGACUAAGAACAGAUGGCAGAGACCAAGGGGAAGUUUGACUUUGCGAUCGACCGUGGAGGCACCUUCACUGAUGUUUUUGCCCGCUGUCCGGAUGGGCGAGAGAAGGUCCUCAAACUGCUGUCACAUGAUCCCCAAAACUACAAGGAUGCCCCCACAGAGGGCAUCCGUAGAGUCCUGGAGGAGGAGACUGGGCGGGUCAUGCCCAGGGACCAGCCCCUGGACUCUUCCCUGAUUGGUUGGAUCCGGAUGGGCACCACGGUGGCGACCAAUGCGCUGCUGGAAAGGCAGGGGGAGAGGACCGCCCUCUUGGUCACCCGGGGAUUCCGAGACCUGCUGCACAUUGGUACCCAGGCCCGUCCACGACUCUUUGACCUGGAGGUGUCUAUGCCGGAGGUUCUGUACGAGGAGGUCAUUGAGGUAGAUGAGAGGGUGGUUCUGCAUCAGGAGGGAUGUCAGGUGCCAGGGAGAGAGCCGAACAGAAUUGUCACAGGCAGUACGGGGGAUGCUCUGGAGGUGUGGCGUGAGGUGGACCUGCAGCGGGUGGAGCGUGACCUGAGGGGAGUGCUUUCGCGUGGGAUUACCAGCCUGGCUGUGCUGCUGCUGCACUCCUACACGUGGUCGGAACACGAGCAGGUGGUGGGGUCCCUGGCACGGAGGCUGGGGUUCACCCAGGUGUCCCUGUCCAGCGAGGUGAUGCCCAUGAUCAGGGCGGUGCCUCGUGGUUACACGGUCUGCGCCGACGCCUACCUCACGCCCAAAAUCCGCCAGUACCUGAGGGGCUUCACCUCCGGCUUCAGGGGCGGGCUGAAGGAUGUGAAUGUGCUGUUCAUGCAGUCCGAUGGGGGUCUCACCCCCAUGGACCAGUUCUGUGGGUCCAGGGCGGUGCUGUCCGGCCCGGCAGGGGGCGUGGUGGGGUAUGCCAUCACCUCCUACAGCCAGACGGAGAAGAAGCCCAUCAUCGGGUUCGACAUGGGGGGCACCUCCACGGAUGUGAGCCGUUACGCGGGGCAGUACGAGCACGUGUUCGAGGCCAGUACGGCAGGGAUCACCCUACAGGCCCCCCAGCUCGACAUCAACACGGUGGCGGCUGGUGGCGGGUCGCGGCUCUUCUUCAGGUCAGGGCUGUUUGUGGUUGGCCCGGAGUCAGCAGGAGCCCAUCCAGGUCCGGCCUGCUACAGGAAGGGGGGCCCCCUCACUGUCACAGAUGCCAACCUGGCUCUUGGCCGCCUGCUUCCCUCCUUCUUCCCGCGGAUCUUCGGGCCAGGAGAGGACGAGCCACUGUCCACCGAGGACACCAUGAAGCGCUUCCGCCAGCUUACCCGUGAGAUCAACCACUUCCUGUCCACUGGCCAGUCGCACGCCUUCUCCAGCAGAGGCAGCCAAUCAAACAGCGGGAAUGCCCAGGGCAGCAAAUCAGAAAUGAGUGUGGAGGAGGUUGCCAUGGGCUUCAUCCGGGUGGCGAAUGAGACCAUGUGUCGCCCAAUCAGAGCCCUGACACAGGCCAAAGGACACGACACGUCCCAACACAUGCUGGCGUGCUUCGGUGGAGCGGCCGGCCAGCACGCCUGCGCCAUUGCCCGGGCCCUGGGGAUGAAGACUGUCUUCAUACACAAGUACAGCGGCGUGCUGUCGGCCUAUGGGCUGGCCCUGGCGGAUGUGGUGGAGGAGGUGCAGGAGCCCUGCUCCCUGCAGUACGAGCCGCGCUCCUUCCGGGAGCUGGACAGCAGAGUGGAGCAGCUCAGCCUGCACUGCCAGGAGACCCUGAGGGCCCGCGGCUUCUCCAGCUCUCAGAUCAGCACUGAAGUCUUCCUCCACCUGCGCUAUGAGGGAACCGACUGCGCUCUCAUGGUGACGGCUGCCGGUCACCCCGGCAACGCCCACUCCUGCCGAUCCGGGGACUUCCGCACGGCCUUCACCAAGCGGUACCUGAAGGAGUUUGGCUUCACCAUCCCCGAUCGCCCCAUUAUGGUGGAUGACAUCCGGGUCAGGGGGUCAGGGAAGUCAGGGAUAAAGUCAGUGACCAGGGCCAGGAUGGUACACGGGCCCCCGAGACCCGUGAAGGUGACCCAGUGUUACUUUGACGACGGUUACCUGGACACCAACGUGUACCUGUGGGAGGAGCUGUCGUGUGACCACAGCAUCCGAGGCCCGGCCAUCAUCAUUGACAAGAACAGCACCAUCCUGGUGGAGCCCUGCUGUGUGGCCCAGAUGACAGCAGGGGGCGACGUGUGCAUCGCCGUGGGCGCGGACCAGCUGUGUGUCCUGGGCACGGAGCUGAACACAGUGCAGCUCUCCAUCUUCUCUCAUCGCUUCAUGAGCAUCGCCGAGCAGAUGGGCCGAGUGCUGCAGCGCACCUCCAUCUCCACCAACAUUAAGGAGCGGCUGGACUUCUCCUGCGCCGUGUUUGGGCCCGACGGGGGCCUGGUGUCCAACGCCCCCCACAUCCCCGUGCACCUGGGGGCCAUGCAGGAGACAGUGCAGUACCAGAUCCGAGCUAUUGGGAAUGAUCUGAAAGAAGGAGAUGUGAUCCUUAGCAAUCACCCGAGUGCAGGAGGCAGUCACCUCCCGGACCUCACCGUCAUUACUCCGGUGUUCAGAAAGGGUGUGAGUGGGCCCAUCUUCUUUGUGGCCAGCAGGGGCCACCACGCUGACAUUGGAGGGAUAACUCCAGGCUCCAUGCCCCCGCACUCCACCUCCCUGCAGCAGGAGGGCGCUGUUUUUACCUCCUUCAAGCUGGUCACAGGCGGGGUCUUCCAGGAGGAGGAGGUAACGGCUGCGCUCUUGGCGCCCGCUCAGUACCCAGGGUGCUCCGGGACGCGCAAUCUCCAUGACAACCUGUCCGACCUGCGGGCACAAGUGGCGGCCAAUCAGAGAGGGAGCCAGCUGGUGGGGGAGCUGAUCGACUGCUACGGCCUGGAGGUGGUGCAGGCGUACAUGGGAUACAUUCAGAGUAAUGCAGAACUGGCUGUGCGGGACAUGCUGAAAGAGUUUGCUCAUCGCCGACGGCAACAGAGGGGCUCGUUGGAGGUGGAAGCAGAGGAUCAAAUGGACGACGGGACACAGAUCAAAUUGCGGAUUCAGAUCAAUGAGGAAGAGGGCAGUGCGGUGUUCGAUUUCUCGGGCACGGGGACAGAGGUGUGGGGCAACUGCAACGCUCCUCGUGCCAUCACCCUCUCCGCCCUCAUCUACUGCCUGCGCUGCAUGGUGGGACAGGACAUCCCCCUGAACCAGGGUUGCCUCACCCCCAUCAAAGUCAUCAUUCCACCUGGCUCCAUCCUCCAGCCUUCCCAGAACGCCGCGGUGGUGGGCGGUAACGUGCUGACAUCACAGAGGGUGGUGGACGUCAUUUUCCGUGCUUUCGAGGUGUGCGCGGCUUCACAGGGCUGCAUGAACAACGUGUCAUUUGGCAGCGAGAGGGGAGGUUACUAUGAGACGGUUGCCGGGGGAGCUGGGGCAGGACCAGGCUGGCACGGGCGGAGCGGAGUCCACAGUCACAUGACAAACACACGCAUCACUGAUCCAGAGAUUCUGGAAAAGAGAUACCCAGUGGUCCUGGAGCAGUUCUCCCUACGCCCUGGCUCAGGGGGCGAGGGGAGGUACCGCGGUGGUGAUGGGGUGGUGAGGAAGCUGCUGUUUCGGGACAAGGUGGUCCUGUCCGUGCUGACGGAGAGGCGCUCCACGCGACCCUACGGGCUCCAUGGCGGGGAGCCUGGAGUCCCCGGGCUGAACCUUCUCCACAGGGUUGACGGCAGAGUCCUGAACCUGGGUUCUAAGACCACUGUGAACCUGGAGGCAGGGGACAUGUUCUGUCUGUACACCCCGGGAGGAGGGGGUUAUGGGAAGGACGAAGAGGACCAAGAGGACGGGAACGGCAGCCCCCCCAUCAAGCGCAGACGCCCCUGCGAGACCUUCCCGGAGAGGGGGAGCGUCUUUGAAUUCCGCAGGGUCCAGGAGAGUGUCUGAGACCAUGUGUGAACCGGUCAAAAAAACCUUAGGAAGAGACAAGAAGCAUUCUGCUAGAGACGGAGAGAGAGAGAAAGAGA